AUGUUUGCGAAAAGAAUGGAUCACUUAAAGAAAUUUCUGAACGGUGAUGUCUGGUCACUUCACGCCUUCAAAGAUAUCACACGCUUUAAAAGGCAGUCUGUGGACAACAAUAUCAAACCAGGUAACCUGGAAGAACUGCUUCAAUCAGCACCACAAGAAUGGCAGGUAGAACCAGCAUCUGAGUUGCAAGAGCUUAGCAUCGAAGGAAGAAGUCCUCGUAGUGAUGAGCCCUUGACAAAAAAUAUUCAAUGUCAAGGCCCUCCAGGAGCUGCAGGGCUUGAUGGAUGGGAUGGAACCGAUGGAGCCACGGGUCUUGAUGGUCCUCCUGGAGUUGACGGGUUGCUGGAUGUGCUUGAAGACGGAUGUCUCGUGUGUCCGGCUGGAAAGCCAGGCAGACCUGGUCCUCCAGGAGAGAGAGGAUCACCAGGCGAAAAAGGAAUUAAAGGCGCUACCGGCGAAAGCGGUGAAAAUGGAAACCCUGGCGAAGCUGGUGUCGAAGCAGGACCCAUGGGAUUCCCUGGAGAGCCAGGACCCCAAGGAGCGCCAGGAAUACCAGCUCCAGACGUCAUUACCGGUAAAGGACGACUAGGUCCACCAGGUUCACAGGGCACUACAGGAGAGCCAGGACCAGACGGAAUACCGGGCGAGUCCGUCCCGAACACGGAGACCGCUGUGGGUGCAAAAGGAGCGCCAGGCCCACCAGGAAACGAUGGCUUGAAGGGUGAACGAGGUGAACCAGGCCCUGACGGACCACCUGGUCAAGACAUUGAGUAG